AUGAGAAAAGUGCAAGGAAAUGAUUCUUUCCAGCGCAUUAAUUAUUUAUAUCAAAUCAGUAAACACAUGGUGGAUAAGAACCCAACAAUAGCUUCGUAUUAUGGAAAUUUAAUAGUAAAUGUUGCAAAGAAGAAUGUUUUAAAAAUACAUCCAGAUAUAAAAAGACAAAUAUGUAAAAAGUGUCGCUGCAUUCUCGUAGACAAUGUGUCAGCUAAGAUGAAAAUAAAAACAAAGAAUAAAAGUAAGCUGAUUCAAUGGACCUGUAAUAUAUGCAAAACAAAGAAAACUUUUCCAGCAGACAGGAAUAAGGAUCACAGAGUAUGGCUGGAGAAACCGGAGGCCGUUAUAGAAGUUAUUAGCUAA